AGGAGGUGGUUGUUUGCGAGAGGUUCCAAUUGGAAGGCUUCGACUGGGAAUGUUUUGAUCUUUUGGAUAGGUGGUCGCACCUGGAGGUUCAACUGUAUUAAAGACACAACUGUUGAUGAAAUAUGUAAUUAGUAGCUAGAAUAUUUUUUUGUAGUUUCCACAGCAAUAUGGGUGGGAGUCAGUCUCACAAUACGUACAAUUAAUGGGGGGUCAUUUCUAUAUAAAAAGCUAGGAUGAAUUAAAUUUAGGGAUUUGUUUGGAAAUCUUCUAAGCUUUCUCAAAAUAAAUGACCCGCCCUCACAGGUAAUAAAUGACUAGCCCCUAAAAGUACUCUUUGCACUUACUCUUCUAAAUUACACUAAGAUACUUUUAAUUUUACUGCAAAUUGCAUUUAGCUUCAAUUUAAAUGUCCAUCUAAAAGCUUAUGAACAUUUGUUUUGUCUACGAAGAAGAUUAUAUAUUUGGGAUCUUUUGCUGUUUGUGUUAAGACAAUUUUUUAUUGUACAAUACGAAUAUAGUAAAUAUAAUAUUACUAUCUUAUCUAAUUUUAGGUGUGAUGUCCAUGGUGAAAAGGGAACAUCCUCAAAAAAGGGUACAUCUACAUCCAAAGGUAAUUAUCUUCUGUCAAUUAAAAGUAAUUAACCUGAAUUCAAAUUUGACGUGAAUCAGUAAUCAUUAGCAAUUGAAUGAGGCUGAGUAGGAUGUGAAGAACUAUGCAGAUCGAGGAAGAUUUCAGCCUCAAUGGAUAACAUCCUCCGAGAUCUGCAUAAUUUUUCACAUCAUACGAUAGCGGAAGGCAGUUAUUGUUUAAUUAUUCAUUCAAAAUAUUUUCUAAGUUCUUAACAAGCUUUCCUUCUCGUAGAAUUUCUUUGAAACUUUGGCCUAUUUCUUUGCAUGGUUAUAAGUGGAUAUUUAUACUUGCAGAUACUUCUCAAGAAGUAGAUAAAAAGAUCGAUAACAUCCAUCAAGCAAUAUGUAAAAGCAUAUUCUUGCAUUUCUUCAGCUCCAUUAGUUAGAAAUUCAGCUAUUUUAGUCUUCUGACAGCUGCGUGAAUACCAUCUCCUGGUUUCCUUCACUCAGGAAUAAACAGCUAGGCCUGCUGCUGCACCUGAAAUGAGGUCGAAGGUUGGUAUAUCAUAAUUUACACCAUUGAAUCAAUGGUAUACUGCUUGCAUCUUCCUAAUAAUUUUAUGGUAAGCACCCUCUGGUUAUUAAGAAUUAGCCAGGGGAUUGGAGCCAAUGAGAAAGGGCGGACAAAUUUUAAUUAAGUAAUUAUAUACAUUAUGCUUUAAGGUACAAAAUAGAACGGUUAUGUUAUUGAUUGUAUUUUAUCUGUUAAGAUAGUGAUAUCUUAUUGCUAAUGUUGAUUUGUGUUUUUUUGCAGGUCAGAUGCGUAUGCUACAAACAGACUGGAUCAAGUCCUCAACAUUUAGGAUUUAGAGGUUAUCUUGAGUACCAUGAGUGCUAUAUA